AUGUUGCGGAGACGAAUGGUUUGUGUGAGCGGGUGUCCACGUGGACCCACCGAGUGGACAUCGAUCUUUGUGUUGUGGAUUGCUGCGUGGCUCAUGACAUGUGGCGCCACUGCAGAAAGGGGCUUUUCUGGUGAUGUCCCGCCUGCACCACACGAUGCAGCGUACGCAGCCUACUUUCGCAACUACCCAAUAAUGCGUCCCUGCAUCAUGAAGGCGGUGUUUAUGGCAGUGAAAAGUGAUGACCAGAGCAACAACUCCGUUGCGUACAGGGGCUGCAGUAUCGCUGACAACGCCGUCGUACCGCAUGGCCUUCUCCUCCUCCAUGCGACCGAAGUGGCGCAGGCAUCGAUGGAUGGCUGCGAGGAUAACGCAUCGUCACUGCAAGAGAUUAUUCGCGGGCUCUCAAUUCCUGAUACAGUCUCCACAAGUGGCAUUGGACUCGUCUUGUCGACAAGUGAAAAGGACGACUAUGAGGAGGGAGGGAGGAAAAACAGGGUGAAAACGAAUACUCAGUAUGACAUGACAUGUUUUCUGGCUGCUGUGCAGCACUACAAUGCGGUAGCAAAUAAACAUACGCAGGGUUUGAUGCCACCCAUUACAGCAGUGGCAUUCUCGGACGACAACCGAUGUUGUCGUUUCUCUGGAGAUCGCCGCAGCGGUGAGGAGUUGUUGCUUCCUCGCGAAGUGAGGAGCGUGUAUGAAUUUGUUAUCCUCUACUUUCCCAGUGCCGCUACCAGCAGCAGUGGCCCAGCAAAUAGUGACUGGACGGCUCUUAUGAAUGCUGCCGAGUUCAACCGUAUUCACUGGGCUGCGGGCCGCAGGUACCCGCAGAAUGUAUUGGAGACACGAAAUGGCAUGCCACUUGCGGAGUUAUUAUCGUCACCCACGAGGGUGCGAAGUUGCUUGGAAGGCCCCUCGCCAUCAUGUGUUCCGUUGAGCGGCUGGACUGUGUGGACGAGCACCGCUGACAUGCGGUGGGAGUGGAACGAAACUUCAUUGGACUUUGAAAAGAAGACGCGGAAAGGCGCCGUUGCAUUGCUGGUGGCUUCUACAGCAGUAUCGCUUGUCCAGGAUGCAACUCCUGGCGCGGACUGCCCCGCCAGCGCCAUCGUGGCAACAUUGUCGGUACUGGAGGCACUGCGGCGCGUGGGUGGGGAUGACAGCCGCGAUGUGUACGCCUUUUUUUUCCCUGGCGAGCACGUGGGCAGUAUCGGGAGUGCCCGCUUCAUCUCCGACGCGACGAUGCUGGAGUGUGUCCACGCCGGCCUCAGCAACUGCACAGCGCUGGCAUACAAAGAAAACCUGAACUUUACUACGGUGGAUUUCAACGCCAUCGAUACGUUUCUUGUUGUGGAUCAGGUAGCCUACCAAGACGCCCCACUGUAUUACCAUGUCGACAGCCGCGUGGGGACGACGGGAUCGGCGCAGCAGCAAAAGGCGGAGCUGGAAAUGGAAAAGAGUGGCGUCCGCCGAGCCUCCACCACACGUCUGCCGUACUCCCCCAUCACAACGUUGUUGGAUCUUCUCCCUGCGGUGAUAGCGGGCGAAAAAGUGUUCCUCACACUUACUCGGUACAACACGACAUUUGCAAAUCCUGACGUUUUUACUGUCGUUGAUAAGACAACGGAACACUCCGCACUUCGUCCAGCGUCUGUUGCGGAGGCGGCUGAUGUCAUGCUGCGUGUGCUACUCCCUCCCACGCAAAACGCAGCUGAGAGCCCUCCCGUAACGUCGGUAAAUCGCAGUCUUGUGGAGCAGCUGUGGGGAUGCUUUACGGAGAAUUUGCAAUGCAAAUUUCUCUCCGCGCCAAACGAUGUGGCGGAGUUUAUGGCGCCAGACUACAGCGUGGGCGACAUGGCGAACAGUCGAAUCACCGACACACAAGCAGCCAUUGAGGCGGCGCUUCAUCGCAUCGGCUGGACAGACGUCGCACGGUCUCCAGCGGUGCCAAAGUCGCUGCGCAUCCCCCACGGCGACUGGGGUGCGACGUGGGAACAGGACAAGGAUUGGAUGCGGUUGCACAAUGACUCACGGUACGAAUUGCACGUGAUGAGCUUUUGGCGUGGGAAUAUCGGUGCCAGAAGCACUAUGGUGGGAUCUGAGACCGUCGCUCUGAUCUUUCUUAUCCUUAGUAUUACUGCCACCAUCUCCCUCACUCUGUGCAUUCAUGUGUGUGUUAGGAAGUAA